AUGUUGGGCAUUUGGCCGAAAAAUAAUGAAACCAAAUGCGAGAAAUUAUUAACAAAUGUACGCGUAAUCGUGAUGCUAAAUAUAGGCUUCUGGUUCUGUAUUAUUCCGAGUGUGCAUUCCCUGUUCAGAAUAUGGGGCAAUAUAAUGUCGAUGAUCGAUAAUCUGCAAUACACCUUACCAUUUAUAAUGGCAACGAUUAAGUUUUUCAUUAUGUGGCAGAAGAAGAAAGACAUUCUACCGCUUCUAAACAUGAUUAAGCACGAUUGGUUGAAGCCAAAAACUAUGCAGGAGAGGAAUACUAUGAUAAGACAAGCGCGAUUCGCGUGUAUGCUCACGAUAUUCGGAUAUUUUAUAAUGUUGGUCUCCUUUUCUUUGGCUACGAUUCUUCCUAUCUUCGGUAUUUCAAUAAGAUAUCUAACGAAUAAAACGGACCCGGGUAGAUUGGUGCCGAUACAAACGUAUUACAUUUAUGAUCGAGAUAAAAGCCCAUUUUAUGAAAUAACUUACGCUCUACACAUUUUCGGUUUAUUUAUGGCUGCCUGUGCUUAUAGCGGUACCGAUUGUUUUUUAAGUCUGCUGAUCUUUCACGUGUGCGGUCAAUUGGAGAAUCUCAAGGAGCGCGUCAACGAGCUCGAUAAAUUUAACAAUUUCACAAGCGUUCUAGCUCACAGCAUACAAGAUCAUAUACGUCUCAUCAGGUUAUUCAUCAUAUUUAAGCAUUGA